UGAUUGGUCAGUCAAAAGCUUCGAAGCAUUUGUAGCGUCAAGUGGAUCGCACCCACAGUUCGAACUUUCGAAGAGUGCACGGAGUGCACGAAGAGUGCAGAUUUACGAGUAUUAAGUCGAUCUGACAGGUUUCGUAAUUGUAACCUCAAUUAUAGCAAAGCAAACUUGUACAAUUAAUAUCUUGCUUCGUACGGCAGUCCCGCAGUCCGCACUUCUUUUCGGCCAGAUUCUUUUACUUUGUAUAAAAACGCGUCAAUUGAGGCUAAUUUCAUUAAAAUCGGAGUUUUGAUGUUUUAGUUUUUCCUAAGAAGAAAUUGGAACAAUAAUGUUGUCGCCUUUUGCAAUGUUUAAUGUCGGAAGCAGAAACAUUUCUACUACAACCUCUAUUGGUCAGAUAAUUAAAUUGAGUCGAUUGAGAGUAGUGGAUAACAGCGAGAUAGGAAGGCAAGCUAUGAUGGAAGGUAGACCACCACGUUGCAUACAUGUAUACAAUAAACUUGGAGUAGGAUACAUCGGUGAUAGAAUUUUAGUUGCUAUAAAAGGUGAAAAGAAAAAGGGUAUAUUGGUUGGAUUGAAGCAGCAACAGGCCCCUAAAGUUCCCAAGUUUGAUAGCAAUAAUCUGGUACUCAUAGACGACAAUGGCACACCUCUAGGUACAAGAAUACAAGUGCCCAUUCCACAUAUUCUACGAACAAAAUUGAAAGAAAAGACUUAUAGCAAAGGAGCAGAUUAUACUAAAUUAUUAGCGAUUGCAUCUAGAUUUGUGUAG